AGUGUUGUUUAUUUGCGUUGAUAUUUUUGUUUGGUUAUUGCUUGAUUGCUCUUGUAACAGAAAUUUUUUAUUAAAGAUCACUUAGAAUGAGCAUCAGUACCAGUGAACCUUUUUGUAAUUCAAUCCCAGAAGCUGUGUGUAAUGAGUGAUUCUGAUGAUACUGAUGUCCUUUUGUUAAUACCACCUGAUUUCUUCCUGGCCGACACAGGAAGCUCUAGUGAGGGAGUGAGUGCCAUUGAGAAUAGCUCCAAAACGAAAACGGUAACUGAACUAGUCAGUCCUUGUUGCCGGAAGUCUACAAGUAAACUUGAACCUUGCAAACGGUACAGUAAUCAGUGCACAAUCGAUCACCCCUUCAAUUUUGGAAACAAACAGUCGCGGGAGAACAGCUUCGACACAUCACAAAUGUAUCACUCAACGCCAAAGAUAGAUCGAUUUUCAUCAGCCGAUUAUGGUAAGCCGAAAGACGACUUUAUCAAAGAAAUCGACACUCACUUGCAAAAUACGAAUGGAACCGCCUCCGGUACUAACGGUGAUGUUAAACGACUGGCUGUAGAAGCAAUCAAAAAACACAACUCGCUGCUGGAGAGUCGGAAAGUUGAUUACACGGAAAGUGAUCGAAAUUUUGGCUAUGCGAGUGGUGGAGCCGAUCCGUAUAAUAAGUUUAGUAGAUUGUCCGACUGGAGGAACGAUGUCAAUCGCAGUUCGGAAAUGAAGAAAUGUCUGGGAGGUAAUGAUACCUUGUUGAGUCUUAAUGAAAUUUGGGAUGCAUCGGGUAAAACAGAGAGUGCCACAGUUCACGAGGAGAGGACGAGACGAGAGCACUGCGAAAAAACGAUACAAAUUUUACAGUCCAAAUUGACGGAAUAUCAACAGAAAAUUGCUGUUGCCAUUAAAGUGGAUAGGACCAAAGAUGAAGCACUAAAGCGACUGUCCGAAACGAACUCAAGUCUUCUAGCCAAAAACAAUCAUCUCGAAUUGAAACUGACCAACAUCGAAAUCAAGCUGAACGACAAAGACUCGGAAACGAUAAAUUUGCGCGAAAAGAUCAAUUACUUGGAACAGGAAAUGACGCAGUACAUUGAAGUAGCAAAACGGUAUCAGGACAACUGUGAAAAACUUGAAGCCAAAAUUGACGCACUAUCACGAUCGGGAGACGAGGUACGAGACAUUCAUCGUAAUCAGCUCCACGAUCUGGAGAUUCGUCUAUCGAAUGCAAAGAAAAAUGAAGACUUACUGCGUGAAGACAAUCGAAAGUUACAGGAUGACUUUGCUAAGGCUGUGGAGUCGCUGAAAGUGAACGAUACAGCCGAAAAUCAGAUUGACAAUCUACGGCAGCAAUUAGAUAUUGAAAGUAGCCGGGCUGAGUCUCUGGAGAAGCAGAAGAAGUCAAUGCAGGAAACAAUAGCUUCUUUAGCGGAGAGAGAGAAGAAUUUGCUGAAAGAACUGGACGGCCAAAAAACGUCGCUGAAAUCAUUUUAUCAAAAUCAAAUCGAGGACGUUGUGCAGCAGAAAGUCAAAGAGUUUCAGAAGCAAUUAGAUCUGGUCGAGGAAUCAUUCAAAAUUGAAUCGAAACAGAGAGAACGAUUGAUAGCCGAACGGGCUAUCAAACAGAUGGAGCUAUUCAACCAAAAAAAUGAAGAAGAAAUUUCAUUGAUCAAUCGGAAGCAUUGCGAGGAAGUCGAAGUCUAUCGAAUACAAUUGCAAAAUGCAUCAAAGACCAUCAGCCAUCUUCAAGCGAAGCGAGCCGACAUAGCCGAACAGUUGCACGACAUCAUGGAGACACAAUGGCAGCGUGCAUUGGAAAUGAUUUCUACCGGCGAUCCGGAAGACGAUGCUGUGGAUCGCCAUCAAUCGGCGAAAAAGAGUCACAAUCAACGCGAUGCAGUGGCAUCGAGAAAAGCGGAUGAAGUGCAUGAAACGCCAGUGAAUAAUCGACAAAAUAACAAAUUUGCAGAUGGUGCUCAGUGUGGUGACGAUAAACUGCAGUCGUUCAUUGAUUUGCUCCUAAGAAAGUCACCGCGUGACACCGACCAACUAGAGGAUAUCCUAAAUUUGCCGAGAAAAAAUCAACGACGAGAUGCAUCGAACCGACCGCCAUGGAAAUAGUGUAAAUGAAAUUAUCCGACAAGAUUUAAUUUUCAUUUUUUUACGUUUAUUUAUUUCAUAAUUAUACAUAUAAGUAAUGAUAUUCAAUAAUUUACAGUGAAGUUCGUUCGUAUAAUGACAUAUAAAUGAUAGCCGAACAAUUCGAUCAAUUUUCGGUGUUGUUCAAUUUGGCGGAAAUGUUUUUUUUUUGUCCAUUUUCUAACCAAUAGAAAAAUGUAUUGCUCCAUUUGAUGCCGCUGAAAAUUGAUCGAUUUGUGGUGUUGGUUUCGCCGAACAGCCAGACAAUAUUAAAAUUUAAGAGAAAAAAAAAUAUUUUGUUGUGUAGGCAACUCCCGAAAGAAUUAGGAAAAACGAGAGA